AAUAAGGUGGAGGAGCGAAUGAGCAACAGAAAGAGAACAACAACAGAGGAGGAGAAGAAGAAAGGGAUUCUGCAGCUGGGGAAUUACGAGUUAGUGAGAACACUAGGAGAAGGAAACUUCGCCAAAGUUAAAUUAGCUAAGAAUCUCCAUUCGUCUCUUCCUUUUGCUGUUAAGAUCAUCGACAAAUCCAGGCUCAUUCAACUCAACAUCACCGAUCAGAUUAAGAGAGAAAUCUCCACCUUGAAGCUGCUCAAACACCCCAAUGUGGUUCGUUUACAUGAGGUUUUGGCAAGCAAAACUAAAAUUUACAUGGUCCUAGAAUAUGCAACCGGAGGGGAAUUGUUUGACAAAAUUGUCUCCGAAGGGAAGCUGGAGGAAGCUGAAGGAAGGAAGUUCUUCCAGCAAUUAAUCGAUGGUGUCGGUUACUGCCACGACCAAGGUGUUUUCCACAGGGAUCUCAAGCUCGAAAAUGUACUUAUCGAUGCAAAUGGUAACAUAAAGAUAUCUGAUUUUGGCCUCAGUGCUUUGGCUCGACAUAUUAGGGAGGAUGGCUUACUGCGUACAACAUGUGGAAGUCCUAACUAUAUUGCACCAGAGAUUCUUGCUAAUAGAGGGUAUAAUGGUGCCACCUCAGACAUAUGGUCAUGCGGCGUCAUCUUAUACGUAAUUCUCACCGGAUAUCUCCCUUUCGAUGAUCGAAAUCUUGCAGUUCUCUAUCAGAAGAUUUGCAAAGGGGAUACUCAGAUUCCUAAAUGGUUGUCAUCUGGUGCUCGGAACAUGAUAAGAAGGAUACUUGAUCCGAAUCCGGAUACCAGGAUUACAAUGGCGGAAAUAAAAAAUGAUGAAUGGUUUAAUCAAGACUAUACUCCUGCUGUACCUGAUGAUGAGGAAGAAGAUACAUACAUUGAUGAUGAAGCCUUCUCAAUGUCUGAAGUGGCAUACGAUGGAAGUACAAGUCCUGAAUCACCUACGCUCAUUAAUGCUUUUCAGUUGAUAGGCAUGUCGUCCUUCCUCGACCUUUCCGGUUUCUUCGAGGAGGAGGAUGUCUCUGAAAGGAAGAUCAGAUUUACAUCCAAUCAUUCUGCUAAAGAUUUGCUUGCAAGGAUCCAAGACAUUGUGACAGAAAUGGGAUUUCGAGUCAAAAUGAAAAACAGAAGGUUGAAAGCAACACGAGAUCACCGAGGCCAGAAGUGCAUCGGCAGUCUUUCGGUUGCAGCCGAGGUGUUUGAGAUAAGUCCAUCAUUGCAUGUGGUUGAAUUAAGAAAAUCGUAUGGCGAUUCUACGGUUUAUAGACAGUUAUGCACGAAGCUAUCGAGAGACUUAGGCGUUCCUCGGGGUCAAGGCCAAGGGCUGGUGUCUAUAGAAGCUUGAUGGACUCGUUGCUGGUUUGGCUUGCUCAAGCAAACAUUAAAGUAUCUUGUAGUCAACUACGCUAUUUAUGGUACAAAUAUGGUGUUCGUAUUUAAAGAAAAUAUAAAUAAAACUUAGGUCGCUUUGUUUUAUUGUAAUUGGUUUUUAAAAAAAAAUGUUUUUUUUCAUUUUCUAAUAUUUAGUUGGCGGUAACAAAUGGUCAAUAUAAUUCAUUUCAUUUAGCUAA